AUGAUAGACGAACACCGAGCCGAAAUCGACCUGUGUGGACUAGAACCAGAUGACGUCACCCGCCUUCUCACCCACUGCCUCGAAAACAAUGUAUUCGAAUUCGACAACGAGUUCUACAGACAGCGAGUCGGCAUCGCCAUGGGCAACAAGGUGGCACCCCCAGUAGCCAUCAUAUUCAUGCACAAAUUCGAAACGCGUGCACUGGACAAUGCAGUGCUGAAACCAGAGUUCUACUCGAGGUAUAUUGAUGACUCCAUUGGAGUCUGGACUCACGGACAGGACGAGCUGAACAAGUUCCUCGAGUACCUCAACUCCAUCCACCCGAGAAUCAAGUUCACUCUGGAAGAUAGCAACUGUCGUCAGAUGCAGCGGCACGUGCUCGCUCCUGCCAGAAGAUACAGCAGCUAUUCGAAGAAAACGGCUACAGGAAACAGUUGGUGCGGAGGCUGCAACGAGAGGCUACCCGAGCAGAGACACAUCCGACGACAAAUGGAGAGCACCGGCACCACAAAAAGCAGCAAGUACAGCAGCUAG